AACAACUUGUACUUUAGUAGCCUCCUCGCUUCAGCUCCACAAAGAAUGUAACCGAAGGCUGCUCUUGCUUCAAAUGAAUCACCAUAAAAAUGGAUUUCAACAUUCAUCAGAAAAAAGAAGCUUACCAGUAAAUUACUUAGGCUUGUACGAGUAAGUAAGCUUGGGACCAUGGAGAUUAUGGAUCCCAUUGACCCCAUCGACACUAUGGAACCCCAAGGAGACCCCCAGAUAGAGUUCCCGGCCCUCACACUUCCUGCAAGCCUAGACCAGUUUGAUUUUGAAUGGGACCCAAGGCUGCGGGUCAUUGCCAUGGGAUUCGGUUUCUACACGGCCGUCUUCCUGGUGUGUCACCUGCUGUCCAACGCUGUGUGUGGCACCUACCGCGAGCUGUCCCCCAAAGAGCGAGUCUUCUGGGACUUGGCAGCCACGAGGGCAGCCUUCGGGAUCCAGAGCACCGUCGCAGGCCUACGCACCCUGCUGGAGGACUCGGCUCUGUUCCAAGACAAGGUGCUGGGGCAAGAGGAGUGGUCCUGGUUUCACGUGCUGACGGCCACUGGCUUCUUCCUGUUUGAAAACGUGGCCCUGCACACCUCCAGCUGGGUCUUCGGGAACUUCGACAUGCCGCUGGCCCUGCAUCACUUCUUCGCCCUGGCGGGGUUCGCGGGGGCCGUGAUUUGGGACUCGCUGGGCCACUUCCUGCCCAUGGUCACCCUGCUGCUGGAGAUGAGCACGCCCUUCACCUGCAUCUCCUGGAUGCUGCUCAAGGCCGGCUGGGCACAGACCUUCUUCUGGAGGGCCAACCAGUGGGUGAUGAUCCACAUGUUCCACUGCCGCAUGGUGCUCACCUACUACAUGUGCUACGUGAGCGCCACGCACUGGGAACAGCUCAACGCCAACGUGUCCCUGCCCCAGCGCAUCCUCUUCUUCUCGGGCCUGGCCCUGCUCACCCUCGUCAUCAACCCCAUCUGGACCCACAAGAAGACCAUGCAGCUGCUCAACCCCGUAGACUGGAACUUUGGCAAGCCCGCGCCACCCAACGGGCUCUUCAAGGCCAAGAGCUCCAAGCUGCACGACAGCUGAAGCAAACCAGACCAUCACCAACCAACCAACAAAACCAAGCUAUCUGAUGGCAGCAUCCAGAAGAGCCAUAGAUGAUCAAUGAUCAAACGGCAGAGCUUUAAGAUGAAGCCACCAGGUGUUGACAAGCUUUUUUUAUUUUAUUUUAUUUUAUUUUUUCCUCCCAACCUUGAUGAGAGAAUUUGAAGGCUUUCUCUAAUGAACUGAUGCCUUUCUCGUCUUUCAGGCAACAGUUAGUUAUCAUUUUUGUAGAGUUUUUUUUUCUUCUUUUUUUUACUCUUUUUGUGAAUGAUUAUUUAGGAUAUUGAUGAAGCAGUCGCUUUUUUUUCUCCCUAAUCUGGUUGUGUAGGAGGAGUGACUGGAGUUGCUUUCUGGCCUCCACACACCUUUUAGUCUUACUAAUUGGUUUUGCACAGUCUCUUUAGGUUACUAAUAUUUAUGUCUUGAAGUUUCUUGAAGGGUAUUCCAAGAACAAGAACUAUAUUCUUGGAAUAGCCCUGUAGUCUUGGAAUAGCCCAUUAGCUAUUCAAGAUACAGAUGGCUCAACAAUGAUGAAUAAUGUUGUUUUAGAUUGUUACAAUUGGUCUCAAGUGACUGUAAUGGAAGAAGUCCUGGGUGAGGUUUUUAACCAAGCUUACCGAAGCUCCACAAGCAGUGAGUCAGUACGUAGGCACACAGGGCGUUGGCCUGUUAGAAUACCAUCGUCUGGGUCUUGGUCUUGGCAUGUUAAACGAAAUACUCUCUGUAUACAUUUCUGUCUUCACAUGUUAGAUUUGAAAUAUUUACUU